CGUAUUUUAUUUUUCUACAGAUUCUCUCGUCGAUUUCGAACCUAAGGGUUUGGACGGUAGUACAAGCAUUGGCAGCACGCCUUCUACUUCGAAAAUGGCGGUAUACGCAAAAGGUUUCAGAAAGCUUUUGAAAUACGUAAAGGACAAUUAUGGCAACCCGGAAAUUAUGGUCACGGAAAAUGGGUAUGGAGAGGAUCUUGGCGACCAACACCACAACGUCGAGGUUGGAACCGCUGAUUACAACAGAAGAUAUUAUCAUCAAAGGCAUCUCUUGAGCCUCCACGAAGCCAUUUGUGAGGAUAAGGUGAAUAUUACGGGGUAUUUCGUGUGGACAUUUAUGGACAACUUCGAGUGGCAAGACGGAUACACGACGAGGUUCGGUCUCUACUUCGUAGACUACAAGAACAAUCUGACUCGACAUCUAAAGGAAUCGGGCAAAUGGUACGCUAACUUCCUCAAGCAAGCUUUACCAACCAAGAAUUCAGAUCUGUGAGCGUGAAAGAGAGAUUUGAGGGUUUUUCACUCUUCGAACCCUAAAUAACAAAAAACCCUAAUGUUGUCUUUUUCUGGUGGAAGUUUUCCUUUCGAUGUUAUUCCGUGUAUGG